AUGUCUCAAAACGGAGCCACCACUCUCACAAGCUCAUCGCCAUUUAUCGUGGUGGACGGUGUCCCCAAUGUUCGCGACAUUGGAGGCCACGCAUGUCAGCCACCACCCACCGUAACAUCCCUCGCGAACACAAACGAGACCCCAGCAAAAAGUUGGUGCACUCGAUCAGGCCUCCUGUUCCGCGCCGCACAGCCAUCUCAAAUCACCCCACUGGGAACGGAGACACUGACCCAAAAACUCAACAUCCGAGAUAUCUUCGACCUCCGUUCGCAGCAAGAAAUAGAGCUCCUUCUCGCCCGAUCUUCCGACUCUCUUAUUGAUAUCCCGGGGACAACCCGCUACGCGGUGCCAGUUUUCCCAGUCAAGGACGCCUCCCCAGGCGCUCUGGCAAAGCGAUAUGGAAUUACAGCAGAGGGAGGCGUGAAUGAUGAAGCGGUCAUGAAGGGCUUUGCUCAAGCCUACGAAGGCAUCGCGCGCAGCGCGGGAGAAACAGAUAGCUUCCGCACGAUUAUGCUUCAGAUUCUGAAUAAUCCUGAUACCCCGCUUUUGUUCCACUGCACUGCGGGUAAGGAUCGGACGGGUGUGUUUGCUGCACUGCUUCUCAAGCUAUGUGGGGUUGCGGACGAGGUCAUCGCGGCUGAUUAUGGGCUGACGAAGGAAGGAUUGGGGGCUUGGGGGGAGUAUUUGAUCCGGCGUAUUUUGGAGAAAGGGGAGGUUUCGACUCGGGAACAGGCGGAAGCUCUUAUGGGUAGUGAUCCGGGCUGUAUGAGGGCGUUUUUGACUGAUGUUGUGGAAGCAAAAUUCGGGGGCGCACGGAGAUACUUUGUCGAUUUUUGUGGAUUUCAAGAAAAUGAGCUUGAUCGAAUCAUCGCGAUCAUGGCCGUUCCGAAUAUGACGCAGAAAUAG